UUUGAUUCCUAGACCGUUCUUUGUAGUGAGCCAUUGUGGUUUCCUCUUCGUUUUGUGAGUUGUGCUAGAUAGGGAAAUUCUUUAUUUGAUUACGAAAUGUUUGCUGCUUUAAGAAAUCAGGAUAUGCUAUAUGUAAUUGUAGAUAGAGAAUGGUACCUGUAUUGUUGUGUAACAAUUUGUUGAUCAGUUAAACUUUUUCACCAAUUUCAAACUAGGAGUUUUUGUUAAGGCAGUUCUUGACUUUUGAAAAUAACUUGAAAUAAAGGAAACAGGGUUAAGGGAGAUUCAACCUAACCUGAUGGAAGUUUAGGCAAUCUACUGCUCUCUUGAAAUACGGUUGAGAAGUUAUUUGGAAGUGACUUGGGGUUAAGGGAUGAAAAGAUGGGGUGUCCCUUGUCCUAUUCUAAUUUUUAUUUUGAGUAACUUAAAGUUUUGGAAAGAAUGAUCUUGAAGUAAGGUGUCAAUAGAAGUUGGGUUAAAAAGGGAUUGGAUAUAUAUUUGGUUUAUAACAUCUUGGUGGACAUAUUAUUGGUAGAUUAUAGAUCUAAUUACUUCAAUUUGUAUUCAAAGAUAGAGGUGAAGUUUAUCCAUAGAUCUUAGUUUCAAAUUCUGUAAAUGUGCUGAGUAAUUCUUGUGUCAUCAUAAGAUGUGAGAAAUCAUCAUGUUAUGAUUCCUCACAGACAUGGAAAGGCAUAGGUCAAGCGGCGUUAUUGGUUGUUUGAAGAAAACUCAGAAUUGGUGCUUGCCUGCUGUAGGUGAAGAACACCAGCGAUUUGCAGGAGCUAAAGCUAGAACUAUGACACUUCACGCCUAAAUCAAUGCCUUUACGGAAAUCAUCUACUGCUAUGUUUCUCAUAAGCAAGAAGAUUGUGCAGAUAAAGCGGAUUACUUCCAUUUAGUAAUGUAACCCAGACAAGGAAACUUGUCUGCCACUACCACAUUUUGUUCUGUUGAAAUUACAAUGCAAUGAGAAAAGUUAAAUUUGUUCAGUUCUUCUUGUUCUGUGUUUUGUGCAUUUUCCACCCAUGCUGUCUUUUUUGAACCACCGUCUCUGGAGCCUAAGGUAGCUCAGGUGGUUUCUAAUGUUGUUCAGUGUUUGUUUGCAGUGGGAAGAACCCUAUGGAAACUCAGACUGAUCAUAUCAUGUGGUCCAGAAUGUUCAAACAGAGUUCUAGCUAGGUGGACCAACCCAGAGUAUUACUUAUGAACAGUGAAAAGUCACAUUUUUCGAGACACCCUCAAAACAGUUUCAAACACACAUCAAUUAUUUGCUGUACUAGAAAACCACAAUUGCAUGAUUCUCUUAGAUUCCACCACCACCACCAGUUUCUCUCUGCACCUCCUCCCUCAACAUCUUCAAUUAUUAUAAUUGAUUACCUCCACCACCAACAGCAGCUUCCCUCUCUGUUUCUCUUCUUGUUUCAGACUCACAGUAACUUGAUCACAACCAGUUCUUGUCAUUUCUCUUCCAGUUUGAUCUCUAAUUCAAGAGGGUUUUGUGUCAGAGAUCUCAUGGGUGAUGAAACUAAUCAAUUGUGGUAGCUGCAUCAUCAAUUGAGAGAAGAAGUGAACGUAGAAGCCCACCGGUGCCAAAGGCAGCACCAUGGCUAGUCUUCCCUUAUGGAAAAGGUAUGAAAAAUCAAGCUUUUUAUAACAUUUGUGAACUCAAUAACCAAACCUGUAGAAAGUCUACACCUGAAUUGAGUGGGAAAUCGUUUUGGCAACACCCUAGUCAUCAAGGUUGGUUGAUUAUUCUAUGCACUGAGGAUCGCACUGAUAAUUUUGGUGAUUGUUUUCUUUGGAACCCUUUAACAUUGGAGACCAUUCAGUUGCCUAGCAUACAACAAUGGUAUGGAACGACACUCUAUGUGUCGCUUUUCGGGGGUUGUAUAUUGUCUUCACCUCCUGAUAAUGCCGAUUCCAUAGUUUUAGUCCUUUUCUCUUAUGCUUCUAUAAGUAGUAAUCAAUUCUAUCUAUUUUGUCACCCUGGGGAUAAAGAAUGGAAAACAGACAAGUUGUCGGAAGAUGUUCUGCUCAAGGAUGAUUAUAUUGAGCUCCAUUGUUUUAAAGGUAAGCUGUAUGUUAUGGGUUUAAAUUGUCACCACUUAGAGAUUGAGAUACAGAAACUUGAUGAUGGACAUAUAGAUCUUUCUAUUAGGAAAUUUGAGGUGGCUAGGAACAUUCGUAAUCCAAUACUAGGGGGGCGGUAUUCUUCUGCUUUUAGACAUCAUUUUGUGGAAACUGUAGACGAAUUCUUUUCCGUUACUCUACGUUACAGUUCAAGAGGAUUUAAGAAGGUAGUAUGCCAAAUAGUUGUGUUGCGCUUGGAUUUUUCUGCAAUGGAGUGGAAGGAGGUGUAUAGUUUGGGGGACCAUGUUCUAUUUGUUGGCACCAAAUACUCGACUUCUUGCUCUGCAGCUGAGGCAGGGAUUGCAAGGGGUUGUUUGUAUUUUACACUUCAGUGUGAUCAGAGUUUGUACAGAUUUGAAGUAGAAAGUACCAGUAAUUCAGUUAUUUUGCCGUGUCUAAAGCUACCAACACCAUGGGAUUCGGCGGAUUGGAUCAUGAUCCCUAGGGGACGAAAUGGAGAGGAUGAUAUGGCGGGUAAAGAUGAACCAGAGAAGAGCAUGAUAAAGGCAGUGGAAUGUAAAGCAUGCGUAUUCAGUAAUCAUGAGGGUGGGAAACAUGGUGGAAUGGACAGCGGAGGAGAUUCAGAGAAACCAUGGCCUUGGUGCAUUCUUAUCGAUGAUAAUGUGGAGUCUAUCGCAAACCAUCUCCAUCGAUUGGAUUAUGCCCAUUUUCGUUCAGUCAGCAAAGCAAAUUUGGCACUAAUGCCAGUGGGAAAGCUUACAUCCACUUGUGCCACUAGAGACACAUAUCUAACUCCUUGGCUGAUGUUUAGUAGAGAUCACGGAUCCGCCACCUUCACUUUCGUUAACCCAAUGUAUGAUAAUGAGAAGUACUUCCUGAACCUCUUUGAUCUGGUGGGUGCUGUAAUCCGUUUUCAAAAGGGAGGUUGGUUACUGAUGUCGAAGGACGAUCAGGUAACUAAUUCAUUGUUCUUUUACAACCCAUUCACAAGAGAGACCAUCAAGCUUCCGCAACUGCCAGAUGAAGAGAUAUAUGGCUUUUCAGGUAUCUCAUUUUCCUCCUUACCAACUUCGUCAGACUGUGCUGUUUUUCCUAUUGAACAAAGAGGGGGUGAAAACGUCUCGCUCUACUUCAUUAGAAAGGGAGAAGCAUUUUGGAGGUUUUUCGUCUUUGGUAAUGCUGAUAUCGGAAAGUACAUCCCAUUGCAUAACACUCAAGUUAUAUGCAAUGGUGUUUUCUACUGUGUAGAUUAUAACGGAGUGUUAGGUGUAUUUAACAUAGAGGAUAAUAGUUGGAAAGUUCUGGAGAAACCCCAUCAACAAUUUGGUGCAAUGUAUCCAAGUUUCCUAGUAGAGAGUGGAGGAGAGCUUUUGUUGGUGAAAUUAGAACGCUACGGAACUUUGUUUGGGAUAUUUAGACUGGAUUUCAACAAGAUGGAAUGGAUGAGGGUUGAAAGUCUAGGAAAGCAUAUGCUAUUCGUCAGCUACACCUCAUGUAUCUCUGUAGUUGCUCCAACUAGUCGCAUGGAGAACAAAGUCUAUUUCCCUAGAUUAUGUCUUAACGGCGAAAGGGUUGUAUUCUAUUCUCUGGAAACAGGCACUUAUUCCUCUUUUGGAAGUCAGCAUUCUGCCACAGAUUUUUAUGAUACUGAAGGAUGGUAUGCAAACUACACUUGGAUUGAACCCAAUUGGGUGAAAUCCACAGCUCAAGACCUAGAAUGGGUUAUGCUUCCUUCUUCCUGAACAUUUACUAGCCUGUAUAUGUUGUUCUAGCGUAUGUUCGUACCUGGGGGUUUCUAAAUUUUAUGUUGUUUGUUGCUCAUUUCUUUCUUUUGUAGUGAAGUUAUGGGUGUUACCCAUGUGGCUCAACCCUUGUGAAUUAUUGAUUUAAAGUGUUUGUUUUUUACUUGAUUUUGCAUUUCUGCGGGUAAUAAAUGAUGCUAUUAUAUCUGAAUUUCAUUUGGUUUCUGAUCUACAAAGGUUUCUCAUGAUUUAUUUACAAUGAUGGGUAAGCUUGUGUCAGAAUUCUCAAGGCCGAAGUACUUAGAAAGACGGAAUUUCUGGAGCUACAAGAAGAAUCAGGGCCAUGCUACAGCAACUUUAAGGAGCAUAGUUAGAGACCUGAUGAAGGAAGGUCGUUGUCGGAAUAUUUUGAUGACCCCUCAAGCUGACUGGGUGCUGCAGUGGCUAGAAAUGCUGCUAGGCAAUUCAGGGGGUUGGUUCUCAGGUUCUCCAGCAGUCAAAUCCAUUGGCAGGCGAAGCUCAGUUGGCAGUCAAAAAAGAUUUUAGUGAAGGUGAUUCUCAACAAGUGGUACACUGCACAUACUUACCAAGAAACGAAAGCAGAUCCCCCUGGAGAAUUAGAGAUCCUGUAGGUGAUAUUCUUGAAGCUCUUCUCAUGCAGUUGACUUUGAUCGUUGACCAACAGUUGACUGGCUGGAAAGCUGGGCUGACCGGUAGACUGUGUAAGUUGCUUGGGUGUCUAAAUCCAAGCAAAGAAAGAAAACGAGGAGGCUAUAAAAGAUCUCCCUUUUUCACGGCUACAAUUUGACUGAAAUUCUAGCCUCUUUUUCUCUGAGUUGUAGGGUUCUUUAGAAAAAGAACUCUUGGUGAUUAAUAUUCUGGGUUGAAGAUGUCUAGACAAGGAGAAUCUAUUGUGCGUUCCCUGAUGGUAUCUCUGAGGGAUCUCUACUGUGGCACUUCCAAGAAACUGUCCGUUUCCCACAAUGUAAUAUGCUCCAACUGUGCUUGUUCUGGUUGCAAAGCUUCUGGCAUGAAACUAGUAAAACUAUACUAUUAUGGAUUGGUCCAGCAGCCAUGUAACGACUGUGGAGGUAGAGCAGUAGUAGAAACAACCAUCAGCUGCCCUGGGUGCAAUGAUGACAAGGUUGUCCAGGAAAAGAAGAUUAUAGAAGUCCACGAUGAAGGGAUGCCCGUGCAUAAGAAACCUGACAUGAAAGGUAAUUUGCAUAUUCACUUCAUUGUGGAAUACCCUGAUUCAUUGACAAUGGAGCAGCACAAAGCCUUGGAAGGUUUGAGGAAGGAGGAAAUCAAGAUUAAACAAGCUGAAGCUCCAGAUGAAGACGAUGAUAUGCAUGAAAGGGCCCAAAUUCACUGGGUAUUGACAUUUUUACAGAGGAAUAUCCUAUGUCGACAUGAGUAUACAAUUCUUUUUUAAAAGUAAACUCUAUGUCGGCAAACUCCAGCAGCAAUGCUUCAUAACUUCACACCAUUCGCACUUGUCGGUAAGUUGACGUCUCUGUGAACAGCUGCAUUCAUAGGUGUCCAACUUUCUGCAACGUGAUCGCCUCGAUUCUAUUUUUUUAGGUGUUUUUCUAGUAAAUGUAAGACAUUAUCUCCCAACUGAUAAAUCCAUUCAACUACCAAAAAUAUCUUCCCACGUUGAUCUUUAUUAUUUAUAGUGGCAUACAUGACUUGAUUCUUUCUCCCCCAUUUAAACUCCAUUCUCUCAUUAACUAAACCCACACAGCCUUUGAUUUCUCUUCUUCAACCUCUACAUUGCUGCUGAUCGUAUUACUUUUACUCUAAUGGCAGAUGCAUCACCUACCAAAGAAGAAUGUUCAUCUGCAUCAACACCAACAACAACCCAUGAUCAUGAUCACCACCAAAAUGAUCAUAAGCAGCUGAUAAAAGUUGAAGAAUUUGGAUCUCAAACAAGAAAACUUGAAACCCCAAUAAGAGCUUUAGUGAAAAAACCAAAGGUAGGCCAAUCAAUGGAAGGGAGAGGAACUUAUGUACUUUCUGUCGAAGGUAUUGAUGUUCUAAAUGAUGAACCAGUCAGAUUUGAUGUGUUUGUUGCAAAACACCAAGCAGGAGAUGGAGAUGAUGAAGCUGAAGCUGGUCCUGAUUCUGAAUUUGGUAAAUUUGCUGGGAGUUUAGUUGAAUUAGGUGGAUCGAGUGGAACAAAAACUUUAGACCUUGGGAUUAGUUACUUAAUCAAGGAUAUUCAGGCAACUGAUUGUGAUAAUCUGGUUGUCACAUUGAAACCAAGAUCUGGUCAAGUUAGUGUUGGUUCUGUACGUGUUGAAUAUGUACUUCCCGAUGACGACGAUGAAGAUUUCGACGAUUGACCGCCUCAUUAGUCAUUUUGUAUCAAAUCUGUAAUUUCGUUCCAAACGCCAUUCAGUAUUGUUGCCGUCGGUAGUGUUUGUGUUGUUGACGGAAUACAGUACUUUAGAUCACCUUUCACAACAACAACAAAAAAAAGAUUCUGUAAUUCCUCUUCUUGUAUUUGUCUAUGCGGGUUUUGCAGUGAAUGCAUUUUGUUUUGUUUUCGAGUUUGAUAAACGAAUGGCAUUGGUUAGA